AUGUCGAAACGAAGUCUUUCACCACCACCAUCAAAUGCAGGUGCACUUAUCAAGAAGGCCAGAGCAACGCCCCCUCCGUCAAACCAAAUUGCAAUCUCCAGCACAAACGACGAACGGAAUAAGGGUCUAAUUCGAACUGUCCAACGGACGAGUAACCUUGAGGCGCCUAUUGUCAGUUUAUCAGGAGCUCAUUCGGCAGAAAUCUUGAGCUGCAGAUUCGACCCUUCAGGCCAAAACAUUGCAGCAUGCUCGAGCGAUCGCAGUAUCUCACUCUGGCGAACAUACCCACCCAACACAAACUACGGUCUCCUCUCCAGCCACGCCAAAGCACCCAUUCUCGACCUCCAAUGGUCUCUUUACUCCCAACUCCUCUACAGCAUCUCAGCAGACCGCACACUCACCAUCACCGACGUCACAACUGGCCAAAAAGUUCGCCGCAUACGCGCCCACCGCGAGAUUAUCAACUCAGUCGACCGCACCAUGGCAGGAGGCGCCGGCAUCGAACUCGUCGCCACAGGCUCUGACGACGGCACAGUCAAGAUCUGGGAAGGAGGGGACGAAGCUGGAAAAUUCCCCGUUGCAACGUUGGAAGUGGGAUGCCCGGUGACGGCGGUGUGUUGGAGUGCGGACGGGGCCAGUGUGUAUGUCGGGGCGAUUGAUAAUGAAGUCCACGUAUACGAUUUGAGGAAGCAGGAACAGGUGUAUUCCUUGACGGGUCAUACCGAUACGCCCACUUCGCUCUCGCUUUCGCCGGAUGGCAACUACCUCCUUGCACCUUCGUUGUCGUCCCAGACUAUCAUCCACGACGUACGGCCAUUUUCACCCUCCGCGACACGGAUACAUAGAAUCCUACACGGCGCGCCUGCUGGAUUCGAGAACACGUUAUUGCGCGGCGCGUGGAGCAAAGAAGACGGUGGCAAGAGGGUCGCUGUUGGGGGAGCUGAUCGUAUGGUCUGCAUUUGGGAGGUUGAGAGUAGCAAAAUCCUUUACAAGCUUCCCGGCCACAAAGGAACUGUCACCUCUGUCGAUUUCCACCCAAAGGAACCUAUCAUCCUUACCGGCAGCAAGGAUGGAACCAUGUUGCUCGGAGAGAUCGAGCCCAGUGUCACCGUAUAA